AUAGUUCACUACAUUUCAUUUUUGCAGACUCACUGUUUGCCAUCUCUUUAUAGCACCAGUGGUAAGCUAGGGGUCCUAUCGGGAUAUCCGUUUGUUUGUAGUUGACCGUGUUUGUAUAGUAAUCUCUGCCCCAAAUCAUAUUGCUUGACCAGUAUAUACCCACCCAUCUCCAUAAGAAGUCUUCACUUCACCGUUCUAGACCUGAACUUGACGGAUACUACCACUCAUAACAUCUUCAAGACGUCAGACAUGGCUCCGCUCGUCACCCUAAUCACUGGAUGUUCUACCGGCAUUGGUCUUACGACAGCCGUCAAGUUGGCCAAAGAUGCAAAUAAAUACAUAGUGUACGCAACCAUGAGGAACCUGGCGAAGAAAGGAGACCUUGAGCAGGCUGCAGGCAGCGCCCUCAACGAUACCCUAUUUAUUCGGCAGUUAGAUAUCACCAAAGAGGAGUCGAUUGUGGAUGCUGUUAAAACAAUAAAAGAGAAGCAUGGCAAAGUCGACAUUCUAGUUAAUAACGCAGCAUUUGGAUGGAUGGGACCACUUGAAGAGAUGACGAUGGCUCAUAUGAGAAAUAUGUCAGAAACCAACAUCGUAGGAACAUAUCGGAUGACACAGGAAGUAAUACCUAUCAUGAAACAACAGAGGUCAGGUCGUAUAGUCAAUAUCAGCAGUCUUGGUGGAAUUAAUGGUUUUCCAUUUAGUGAAGUUUACAGCGCAACGAAGUUUGCCAUGGAAGGAUUCACUGAAGCUCUUCAUCCUGUAUUGAAAUGCUUUAAUGUCAAAAUCAGUACUGUCUGCCCAGGUCCAGUUCUAACCAGUUUCCAAGAAAACAUGAGUGCCAACCAAGAUCCAGAAGCUAAAUCGUCUGAUGCAGAAGACCCAACAAAGAAGAUGUACACAGGUUUCAUAGGUGCAUUGAUGGCCCCGAUGAAGGCAGUGGCCCAAAGUAGUGAUGAGAUUGCUGACGUCAUUAUAGAUUGCAUCAAAUCGGAAGACCCCGCCCUACGAUGUGGAACCAACGAGAGUACCAAUAAACGUCUGAGGGAUCGCUUCAAUGGCGGCAUCGGGGAUGCUGCAGCGCAAAACUGGUAUAAGAUGAUGCAGACCGCUUCAAAGCAUUGAGGAAAUAAUCUCUUCCUUAAAACGCUCAAUGAAACUUUCUACUCCUACACAAUUUAUCUUCCUUUCUCCUUUCUUUAACGGUUUCCCCUUUUUCAUCUCCCGCCCUUCUCUCUUUUACUUUCCUUUCCUCCGUUUUACAAUAACUGAUAUUCCCCCCGAUAUUUGGGGAGCAUUUCACAAUAUGUAUUUCCCUGAGAAAACAGUGGUAUUAAAACUGAAAUGAAUGCACCUGGCAAUUUACACCAUGCAGUGUUUAAUUCGUGAUCAUAGUUGAUCACCCAUUGGUGUUUUACACGUUCGGUCAACACUAUUCGGUGUUAAACUCAAGGUCCAUGGUGUAUUUUAACUCCCACUCGACUUGAAUUGUUUUUAACACCGGAAGUCUUACAGUGUACAACUGUCAUGACUGUUAUAAGCUACUUAAAUCCAUGCAUGUGAUUGGCUUAGAACUACUUAAUUUGUCAGCAACGCUCCAUGUAGCUUAGCAAUACUCAAUGGUCUUAAAGUAUUAUUCUAUUUAAGGGCAGUUCGAAGACAGAAUAUAUCUCAAAUGUCAUUUUCCAGUCAUAUACAAAAUAAUGUUUUUUUAUGAGAACUAAAAUCUAUUGAAUCAAGUUUUGCUUCUGAAUACUGUUGGUAGUUUUUCUUUUAGAUAAUCUUGUGAUUUGUUUAAUCAUGUUAAUGAUCAAUUGUAUUUCUUCAUCGAUUUUUUGUAAUUUUGGCCCCAUUGCCAGUAAAAUCCUUAAUGAUUAAUUAUCAUCUCUAGAUUUUUUUUCUUAGAGAAUAUACUUGCUGUAAGAUCUGGAUGAAGUUAAUAUGUUUAAAUGAAAAUUUUAUGAUAAAAAUGUUUCACGGCUAUUAAAGAUGGGCUGUACUCAAAUGAGUUCAAAAAUACAGUCGGAUCCUUUAUAGUAUAAAUAUAUUUUUUUAAUUCAAUUAAAUUCAAGAAUACAUUUAUUUUCUUCCAUUUUCACAAGACAUCAAUUUACAAUAUAAUUUAUACAAAAGGCUACUUUCCAUACAUACAUCGGGGUCUACAUCCACACAAAAGAUACAAGACUACUGUACAGUAGUCUUGAUUCACAGACUUUCUGAUGAAAUAGUUCAAGAUAUACCAGAAUACUGCAGAGUUUGGUAUAGUUUAUUUUUUGUUUCAUAUUUUCCACAUUUAUGCAGCACAUUUUUUUAUCGCUAUGACAAUAGAUAUAAGAUAAAUAGAUAACAUUAAUUUAAUGAACUCAGAUCGUUUUCACUGUACAGAACGAAAGAGCCUCUUUCUUUUAUUAUAGAAAUAAAUAAUGAUAAUUAUAUCCA